AUGACCGGUCUCCUGAAACGGUCGGCCACUAUAAACGAGGCGACACGUACCCGACGUCACAAAUUUGCACUCAAAUAUGACCUAAAUAAUAAUACAGAGCAGAAAGAGUUGGAAGCUCAGGAAUGUCCAUCUGGAGCCGGGAUGAGUGAGACUUUCGUGUGGGAUUGGCCAUUUAGUAAUGAUGGCACCGCCCCCGGCGCAUACACCCCAGAAAAGUUCCUAGUCUGCUUGCCAUUCAACAAAGGAGGUACCGGUGAAAAAAAUGGGACGACAAAAAAGUUCGAGCGCAUCGCCGAGUCGGACUUCUCAUGGAGCAUGGGAUUGUCACGUGACGCCGAGCUGGGCUCCACUUGCACAGAAAAAAUCGAUAAAUCGUCCAACCAUGCGUCGUGCGUCGACAUUCCAGUGAAUAUAUAUCUUUCAUCAUUUUUUGAGAUUUUUUGCAAUUUUUUCUCUAAUUUUCUGAACAAUUUUUCUGUAAUUUUAUCAUUUUUGAGAUUUUUUUUUUCAAAUUUUUUCGAAAGUCAUUUUUUGUACUCCUUUGUACUCCCCUGUGUAGUACUUGUCUUUUUCCGAUUUCCCACAUUUUUUCAAUGCAUUUCGAAAUAUCGUCAUUUUUAUCGCCUCGUCGCUUCGAAGCAAAUAAAACAGAGAGAGAGAGAGAGUACGGAAUUUCGAGAGACGCAGACAUUUUCCUCAAAAACGUUUGCAGAUUGGAAUUGGAAUCGAUUCUGUACAUGGAACUAUGAGGGUUGUGCAAAGACGCCAGGUUCAAAUUUUGCAAAUUCCAUUGGAAUCGGUUGGUUGGAGAAUAUCGGAGUGGUCCAAGCUGAAAAAAAAACACUAGGAACGCGUCAAGUAAGCCAAUGUGAUUGUGUCAAGACACUGAAAGAGCGCAAGAAGCAGUUAAAGUUUCAAGACAUGCACUCGGCGAAUUCUGAACUACUUGAAUUCUCGAUGUGUUGUCCUUUGGUUGCUUCUGAAAUUUGA